AGUAAGAAAACGCGAUUAUAUAUAUCUUCAUUUCAAAAAUCAAAAUUCUCCACGCAACACAAAGCACAAAAAGUGUGACUGAGUCACACCGAGUUAGAGUCUCCAUUCAAAUCCGUUACAUUUCUAAACCCUAACUAGGGUUCUUCUAUUUCCAUCAUCACCGAUCCAAUCAUGGCAGACGAAACCGUCACAUCUCCUCCUCCUCCUCCACCUUCCUCCGCUCCUCCUGUUCCUCUUGGUUCCGGCGUGAUCUCUUUGGUUAACCGUCUUCAAGACAUUUUCUCUCGCGUCGGAAGCCAAACUGCUAUUAAUCUACCACAAGUGGCGGUUGUUGGUAGUCAGAGUAGUGGUAAGUCUAGCGUACUUGAAGCUCUCGUCGGCCGUGACUUUCUCCCCCGUGGUAACGAAAUCUGUACUCGCCGACCACUAGUUCUUCAGCUUGUUCGGAGUUCGGAACAGGCCGAUGAAUUCGGCGAGUUUCUUCAUUUGGCUGGCAAGAGAUUUUAUGAUUUUUCUGAUAUUCGUAGGGAAAUUCAGGCUGAAACUGAUAGGGAUGCGGGAGACAAUAAGGGUGUCUCAGACAGGCAGAUUCGUUUGAAGAUUGUUUCACCUAAUGUUCUGGACAUGACACUUGUAGAUCUCCCAGGAAUUACAAAGGUUCCUGUUGGUGACCAGCCUUCUGAUAUUGAAGCCCGGAUCAGAACAAUGAUCAUGUCAUAUAUAAAAGAGCCGUCCUGUCUUAUUCUAGCUGUCACACCGGCAAAUUCAGAUUUGGCUAAUUCAGAUGCUCUUCAGAUGGCAGGGGUGGCUGAUCCUGAUGGUAAUAGAACGAUCGGUGUAAUCACAAAGUUGGAUAUCAUGGACAGAGGUACUGAUGCCCGGAAUCUAUUACUAGGAAAAGUUAUUCCCCUCCGACUUGGCUAUGUUGGCGUUGUAAAUCGUAGUCAGGAGGAUAUUCAAAUGAACAGGAGUAUAAAGGAUGCUCUUGUUGCCGAAGAGAAAUUUUUCCGCAGUCGUCCUGUAUACAGCGGUCUAGCAGAUAGUUGUGGCAUACCUCAACUAGCAAAGAAGUUAAACCAGAUUCUAGCACAGCAUAUCAAAGCUUUGCUACCUGGGCUGAGAGCACAUAUAAGCACUAAUUUAGUUACUGUUGCAAAGGAGCAUCAAAGCUAUGGAGAAAUCACUGAGUCCAAGGCUGGUCAGGGUGUUCUUCUCCUGAAUAUUCUUUCAAAAUAUUGUGAAGCAUUCUCCUCCCUGGUUGAGGGAAAGAAUAAGGAGAUGUCUACAUCCGAGUUAUCUGGUGGGGCACGAAUUCAUUAUAUUUUUCAAUCCAUCUUUGUCAGGAGUUUAGAGGAGGUAGAUCCAUGUGAAGGCUUGACUGAUGACGAUAUUCGGACUGCCAUACAAAAUGCAACUGGGCCAAGAUCAGCAUUGUUUAUACCAGAAGUACCAUUUGAAGUCCUUGUGCGAAGGCAAAUAUCUCGCCUAUUGGAUCCAAGUCUUCAGUGUGCCAGGUUUAUACAUGAUGAAUUAAUAAAGAUGAGCCGUUAUUGUAUGACACUGGUGACUGAACUGCAGCGGUUCCCUCUCUUACGAAAGCGCAUGGAUGAAGUUAUAGGAAUCUUUUUACUGGAAGGCCUUAAACCAUCAACAAACGUGAUUGGUCACAUCAUAGAUAUGGAGAUGGACUACAUAAAUACUUCACACCCAAAUUUUAUUGGUGGAAGUAAGGCAUUAGAUAUUGCAAUGCAACAGUCGAGAUCUUCUAGGGCUGCCUUGUCAGUUUCUAGGCCAAAGGAUGUUCUGGAAUCUGAUAAGGGAUCUGCCUCCGAAAGAAGUGUGAAGUCUCGGGCUAUUCUUGCAAGACAAGCUAAUGGAGUAGUUGCUGAUCCGGGUGUCCGCGCUGUAUCAGACGCUGAAAAAGUUGCAGCUUCUGGAAACACUGGUGGAUCAAGUUGGGGUAUCUCUUCCAUUUUUGGUGGAGGUGAUAAGUCUGCGAAGGAGAAUGUAGCUAGUAAACAAUAUGCUGAACCAUUUCAUAGCGUGGAUUCUGUGGAGCAAUCAUUCUCUAUGAUCCAUUUGACAGAGCCACCUCCUAUCUUGAGGCCAUCUGAUUGUAAUUCAGACUCAGAGACGGAAGCUGUUGAAAUUAUGGUAACAAAGCUGCUUUUGAAAUCAUACUAUGACAUCGUCAGGAAGAACAUUGAGGAUAUUGUCCCCAAAACAAUUAUGCACUUCUUGGUAAACAACACCAAGAGAGGGCUACACAAUAAUGUAAUCAAAAAGCUAUAUAGAGAUAACCUGCUUGAAGAAAUGUUCCAAGAACCUGAUGAGAUUGCCUUGAAAAGAAAGCGUUGUAUAGAACUUCUCGAAGCUUAUCGGCAAGCAUCUAAGGAUUUGGAGGAGCUGCCAAUGGAAGCUGAAACACUUGAAAGAGGAUACAAUUUACCUGAAAGAAGUGGUCUGCCUAAAAUUCAUGGACUACCAACAUCGUCGAUGUAUUCAACAAGCAGUUCUGGAGAAUAUUAUGGAGCUUCUCCUAAGCACCCUAAGUCAAAAAGGUCUUCUCAUUCGGGGGAACUUCAAUCGCCAUUUUAUGCUAAUGCAAAUUCCAAUGGAAAUGGAAAACAAAGUUUUUAUCCCACGCUCGAUACAUAAGUAUUGACAUGAUUUACAAAGCUCCAGAACAAAUAAUAGGUGCAGGCGGUCUUUCACAUUUUUGAGAAUCGACUUUCUGUAUGACCUUUUUUCUUUUGUUAUUAGUCAGGUAUUUUAUCUUAGCAUGUAUGCAGUUCCAGAGUUUGUUUGCAGUAACAUUAUUUUGCUAUAUGAAAUGUGUAAACGUGUAUAAUUGAUUCUGGCUUGUUUGAUUUCUCAAAAGUAGAAUUGAUUCUGCCUCCAGAAUUGAUUCUACUUGAAGCUAGAAAUCGUAGCUUCUGAUUCUAGAAUUGAUUUUUACACUCAAAUUUUUUGUUCAAUCCAUUUUUGAAAGAAUAUAUUCAAACAUAAAUCAAUUCUAUCAAACUCAAUUCUAUCAAAAUCAAUUAUGUCAAACUCAAUUCUGUCAAAAUUAAUUUUGUCCACUGCAAAACUAAACACAUACAUAAAAAAAGAUAUGUGAAUAGUAUAUAUAAUAAAAUUAAAAAAAAGUGAUACCACGUAAAA